CAUUGCCCAAUAGUUCCUUGGACCAACUAUUCAUCAAUUCAAAACCCGACCGGUUUAACACUGGAUAGCAAAACGCCAAACCGUUCUCGUCGUCCUUCGUCUUUCCACUCACAAUUCCCAACUUACCAACCCAUUUCACUUCACUUCCCCUAGUCAAUUAAUCGAUUCCAUUCCACAAUGCAGUUUCCUCCGCUUUCCCUGCAACCAAACAGCACCUAAUUCCUUCCAAACUCGAGCCUUCUUCUCUGUCAUGAACCGCUUGUCGCAGCUCUCAUCGUACACCGCCGCCAUAGUCGGAAGCACCGUUCGCCUCAUCGCGAACCGCUCCCUGCGCCACCGGUGCUGCUCGUUCCCGGCGAAACCAGAGUACCGCGGAAUUAGGUCUUUCCGUUCAGAAUUCGCGUUGACCGCCGCUCGCUGCUACUCCGCCAAGAAAGGGCGCAAGAGCAAGGCGGAGCCUGAAGUGCCGGCGGUGGUGAUGGAGCAGGAGAAAGACGCUUUCUACGUCGUUCGGAAAGGGGACGUUGUUGGAAUCUAUAACAGUCUCGCUGAUUCUCAGGCUCAAGUUGGAUCUUCCGUAUGCAAUCCUCCUGUUAGUGUGUACAAGGGAUACUCGUUGUCAAAGGACACCGAGGAAUAUCUUGUCUCACAUGGACUGAAGAAUGCUUUAUACACAAUUAGAGCUACUGAUUUGAAAGAGGAUUUGUUUGGCAUGCUUGUUCCUUGCCCUUUCCAGGAACCUUCUACCAAAGAGGGCACAUCAAAUAAGGACGUAUCUAAACAGAGAUCUUUGGGAGUGCUUGCACAAGAUGAGCAGAAAGUAAUCUCUGAAGAUCCCUUCAGAAAGCAAGUCAAGUUAGAAUAUGCUGAAGUGGCUGAAGCACCUUCACAUGCAACUCGGACUUGUUUUGUUGAGUUUGAUGGUGCGUCAAAAGGAAAUCCUGGAAAAGCUGGUGCUGGGGCUAUUCUGCGAGCUAAUGAUGGAAGCUUGAUUUGUAGGGUGCGUGAAGGUGUUGGUAUAGCAACAAACAAUGCUGCUGAAUAUCGUGCAAUGAUAUUGGGAAUGAAAUAUGCUCUUAAAAAGGGAUUUACUGGUAUUUGUAUCCAAGGUGAUUCCAAACUUGUUUGCAUGCAGAUUGAUGGUUCCUGGAAGGUCAAGAAUGAAAACUUGUUUACAUUGUAUAAUGUGGCCAAAGAACUCAAGGAUAAAUUUUCCUCAUUCCAGAUCAGUCAUGUUCUAAGGAACUUCAACUCUGAUGCUGACGCUCAAGCAAAUUUGGCUAUCAAUCUUGUAGAUGGCCAAGUCCAGGAAGAGUGUGUGUAAUUCACUCAUGGCCGCUGCUGGUUAUGUUUUGGGUUUGUUGCAGAACACGCCUGCAAUUUACAGAUUACUCCUAAGAAUUGGUGACCCAAUUAUUUAGCAAUCAAACCCUAAGAAUGAAUUAUUUUCUACUGGUCCUGGCUCCGUAGUCAUAGUAACUUUUAGCCUCAGCGUUUUCAAUUUCCAUGAUUUUUUUCCGCCAUGGAGGAUUCCUAUCAGGACUUCUCAACACUGCAGUCACAUCAAGUUAGAGUUUAUCAUUUUCAUUCUUUAGCAUAUGGAAGACCUGAAUAUCUUACGGUCUAUAGCAAAAUGAUACUUGUUCAAUAACACUAAUAUUAUCAUACCUCUUAGUUGAAAGUACUGUUUCAUUAACUUUUUGUAUCCAUUCGGACUCUUACUGGGUUUUAAUAGUUACAUUUUCAAGACGCAAACUUGGACUUUAGUUAAGUUAGAAUAUCCCCCUGCCAAGUGAUUUACAUGCUCA